AACGAUGGUAAACACAGAGACCUCAGUUCGGAGCUGGAGCUAGGGUUUGAAUUUUGCAGAAGUAUUUGUUAUUGGAUUUAGGCCGAGUCAUACUUGUCUUUCGAGAUGUGGCUCUUAGUCUAUCUGGUUGUAUACCCUUGGCUUACAGGGAUGUCUGGGGUUCGAGUUCCAUAGAGGGAUUCCAAAAUGGGGAAAUUCUCAAAGCGAGCAAGAAAAGAUCCAGAGAGUGACAGUGGUUCGCAAGGUGAAAGCGAAACCGAAGAGAUGCUGGAGGAUAAGUAUGACGAUGGUGGUGGUGACUAUAGUGAUGACAGUGAGGAGGAUAGUGACAAGGAGGAAGAGGACGUAGAUGGGGAUGUGCAAAAUGAUAUCGGAAAAGAUGCUGAGUUGGAAGAACUAGAGAGGGAAUUAACCGAUAUCCGUCACCAGGAGCAAGACCUUUUGAGAAAUCUAAAGCAUCAGAAGGAUGAGGAUCUUCUCAAAGGCCAAGCAGUCAAAAAUCAGAAGGCCCUCUGGGACAAGACUCUUGAGUUGAGGUUCUUGAUACAAAAAGCAUUCUCAAGUUCAAAUAGACUACCAAAGGAGCCAAUUAAGUCUUCAUUCUGUGAUUCGGACAAUAAAGUGAAUGAAGCAUAUUCAGAUCUAAUUAACUCAUCGAAGAAGACGUUGGAUUCUCUAGUGGAAUUACAGGAGGCGCUACUUGAAAAGAAUCCAUCCAUUGCUCAAGCCACAGACGGUAACUCUGGUCAACCUCCCAAGCAUUCAGAAGCUUCUAGGAGCUCAAAUGGAGAAGGGGAUCAAGAAUGGUCACGGAUUUCUGAAAUGCACUCUAGAGUAGCUGCUUUUAGAAACAAAUCGAUAGAUAAAUGGCAGAGAAAGACACAGGUGACAACUGGUGCUGCUGCUAUUAAAGGCAAAUUACAUGCCUUCAAUCAGAAUGUUAGUGAGCAAGUUGCUGGUUACAUGAGGGAUCCAAGUCGAAUGAUAAAGGGAAUGCAACAGAGCAGGUCAACUGUUGCUAUAUUUGGGACUGUUCCUGAUGUGGAGGGCAUUACAAAGGAACAGGACACAAAAAAGGAUGGUGACCCUGAGCUUCUGGAUGACUCCGAAUUCUACCAGCAAUUAUUGAAGGAAUUUUUUGAAACAUUUGACCCUACAUCAUCUGAGACGGCCUUUUAUGCUCUGAAGAGAAUGCAAACCAAGAAAAGGAAGAUUGUUGAUCGACGUGCCUCAAAGAAUCGGAAGAUUCGGUAUCAUGUGCAUGAAAAGAUUGUCAAUUUCAUGGCUCCUCAGACUAUGCAGCUUCCUCCUAUGGCCCCUAAAUUAUUUGAAAAUUUAUUUGGCCUCAGAACCAAGAAGCCUAUCCCCGUUGAGUAGCCAAGUCAUACCAAAUCAGACCACAACGAAGGCCACAUGCAAUGGUGCUUUCAAAAUUUUGUGAUCUUAGUUGAUAUAGUUCUUAGUGAGUGCAGUCGAUCCAGUUUUGCUUAGCUAUCUCUGUGUUCUUUGAGCGUACAACAUUUUAUACACUACGGAUACAAAAUUGCUCUCUUCUUUGUUUGUUGUACGCACAGAUUGAAACAGUUAUAUAUCGGAUAUAAAUUGUUGGAUCGUUGUUAGUUGCCCA